AUGGCCAAGAUCUGGUCCGCGGAGUCUUCGGUGUGCCUUCGCACGCUGGCGGGCCACCGAGGAUUCGUGAACAGCGCCGUGUUCUCCUCGGACGGGCUCGAGGUAGUGACCGCGUCGACGGAUCGCACCGUCAAGCUCUGGUCCAGGCACUCGGGGGAGUGCCUGCGCACGCUGGUUGAGGCGCACGAGAGUUACAUCAUCUCGGCCGUAUUCUCGCGGGACGCGCGGAAGGUGCUGACGGCCGCAGACGACUGCAUGGCGAAGAUUUGGUGCGCAGGCACUGGUGAAUGCCUCCGUGUGUUGGAGGGCCACCAGAGCUUCAUGAGGUCCGCUGUUUUUUCGCCAGACGGGCACGAAGUGCUGACGGCGUCGGACGACUGCACGGCAAAGAUUUGGUGUGUAGGUUCUGGCAAGUGCCUGCGCACGCUGGAAGGCCACCGGAGCAGCAUAUGUUCUGCCGCGUUCUCAUUGACAUGA